UGUGGUUUUGGGAUAUUGUCAACUGCAUGUUCGUGAUAUUAUACCGGAUUUAGAACACUGGAGUUUAUUUCUAAGCAGCUUUAAUCAUGGCGAGGUACGGACAGUCAGAGUCGGAUGGGAUCUUGAUUAACGGAUCGUUCCUCAACGGGUCGGAUGAGGAUGCAGAGAACGGAACGGAUUUUGAAUCGACCUUGAAGAAACCAAUGGUGUCUUUAGUCGUUCCAGCGGUUAUGUUUGCUGCUGGCGUAUUUGGGAACAUUUUGGCCCUGGUGGUCCUAGGAUGUUCUUCAAGAGAGCACAAAAGAACUGUAUUUUAUCGUUUGGUCGGUGGUUUGGCAAUGACGGACUUAUUUGGAACAAUGUGUACAUCACCUGUCACGUUAGUCAUCUAUGCUAAUAAUCUUAAGUGGGUCGGAGGUCAAAGUCUCUGCAAUUAUUCUUCAUUCAUGCUUAUUUUCGCGGGAUUUACAACACUGUUUAUCGUAUGCUUCAUGGCACUGGACCGAUACAUCGCUUUGACCCAUCCGUAUUUCUAUAGCGCCAAAAUAACUCACCACAAAGUCAAAUAUAUUCUUGGCGCCCUCUGGGGAGUUGCUUUUUCGUUGGCAUGUCUACCAUUGAUAGGACUUGGAGAAAAUGUGCUACACUUUCCAGGAACGUGGUGUUUCUUUGAUUUUCGCGGGAAAGAACUACGCGUGAAGAUGUUUGCCUAUCUGUAUUCGUUCAUCGGUAUCGGUGUCAUCCUCGCCAUCUUCAUCCUCAAUAUCAUUGUGAUAGCAACGGUGUGGAAAAUGCGCCAGAUGACCAGUGUCCAAAAUUCCUACUCUAAUAUUAAAUGCUUAGACAGUGAAAUACAAAUGGUUAUCUUUCUGGUUGGCAUUCUGGCAGUGUUCGGACUCUGUUGGGCUCCGCUUAUGGUCCGAGUCCUCCUGAUUCAAGUGGCUGGACAUAUUGGGACCGAGAAAGAUGACCUUCUGGUCAUUAGACUAGCCUCAUUUAACCAAAUCCUUGACCCAUGGGUAUAUCUUCUCUUUCGGAAGGAGCUGUUCCUUAGAUUUUACACAUUUAACAAACGGCUAUGUAAUGAUACCUCACGAAAGCUGAAACAAAGUUCACUGCGAGGAGGAAGCAAAAAACAGUUUUCACCGGAAGUGACGAUUCGGAAAGCGACUCUCAUCGAAUGCCUCGAUUCCAACUCCCCUAGUAAGGCAUCUCAUUGUUCAUCAAAACCUAAUAGCCCAAAACGGUUUAUGUUUGGUCAAAACGGCGAAAAUUACAAGAUUUGUUCUCAGGAUGGUGAACAAUCUAAUAUGCGUUUGUUGGACGGAGAAAGGACUCGAAUGUGUUCAUUUGAAAACGAUAACGACCCGGAAGCGAAAGUGAAAUCAGAUGUCGAUGAUACUUUACAUUCAAAUAGACUCCAGGAAAAUAUUAAUCCUGACAAUGAAGAAAGAGUUAUGACAAAACAAUACGUUGUGUGA